AUGCCAUCGACCAAAUCUACGAGAAAAGCUCAAUCGGUGCUUGACUUUGCAAAGCACCUACAGGACUACCUUGACAAGCAUCACUCAUCGUCCACUCAGCCUUUCCCCGAUAUCUCGAUCUACAUUGAAGUACUCCCACUUUCUCAACAAGACAUCUCACCACCUCAAUGCGUGGAGUUCGAUCGAGUUGGAGUUGCCAUUUGGAAUCGGUGCCGUACUCUACGUGAGAGCGGUCAAGACCUAUUCAACCUGACAGACCUAGCCAAAGUACGUGCUUUUGCAUACCUUGUCCUCGACACAGCUGCCGGUUCAUAUCGCAAAGAUGCAGUAAACCAGAGAACCUUCAACAGUGGGCUCAAAGCUGUGAAGGAUUGCCUGCUUGUUGACACUGGCGGCGCCCUUACUGUCAUCGGCACCAAAAUAGUCGAGCAGUUGGCGUCUAGGCUGGAAGGUGUAUCACCGGAACUUCGAACACAAUACCUACUGCUGCGCAUCCUCUUGGCUUGGAAACAAGAUCGUCUCGAGCUUGCGGAGCAUUUCGGUCAUCAGCUUGAAGGAGUUCAAUCUACCCUUACCGCUAGCGACCGCCAACAAUUUGGAGACCUCUGUUACGAAAUCGGGAACGAUCAGAUGAAGCGGGAUCACAUGAUUCUCGCGAGAAAGUGGCUACGGAGAGGCCUCUACGUUUGUACUGAUCAAGGGCUUGAACCCGGGGACGUGGACAUAAGCGAGCUACGGCUCAAUCUGAUGCAUUCGCACGGUGAGUGGUCUUUUGUCGAACACGGUUCGAGAGAACAACAAUCUUAUACUCAAGAUGAAGGUGUAAUUGCUCUCCAGUCGCUACGUUCGAACUUCGACAAAUUCCCUGUCAAAGUUCUCCAGCUCGAAGUGUACGCGCAGAAUUCGAAACUCGGUCAAGACGCAUACUAUUCGGUGCUCUUAGACGUGAUAGGUUGUGCGCAUCUAAUCCCAACAAACCACAGAUUGAUUCUGCAUCACAUCCAUCUUUUGAAGCUUACAAGUCCCAGCUUUGCCUCCCAAGCGUUGCGGACAUAUAUCGUCCAGCGGUUAGUGCUUCAUGACGAUGUGGCCUGGGUCGAAGCCGGGCUGCUCACUCUCUUAUGGAUGUUGGUUACGAGCGCUGCAGAUUCGACAUCAGUUCAAAAUGAACUCGAGUUGGCUCUGAAUGAUACGUACGAGGUUUGGAGCAAUGCACUUAGCCCAGAAGCAACUCAUGGUGCCUUCAUUCUCCUUUGGAAACGCAUCGGAGAUAGUUUCAAAACAGAACAUCACAGAGACACUGUCCAAUGGUGUUGCAUCGCGCUGCACAAGCUGUUCUCAAAUGCUGGAGACGAGAAUAUUGGGAAAAUCGAACGAAUGAUGAUCAAAUGCUAUCUAGAGCUAUCUCAAUUCAACGCGGCACUGGGUGUAUUUGAAGAUAUGCCAGCAACCCGGAAAAGUCACCCGUUGAGUCGAGUUCUCUGCUACAGCCUCGCGCUCCGACGUCACGAUAGCAGUCUUAUACAAUCUGCUCUCAAUGCAUUGGCUUUGGCUCACAGCGAUCAAAAUCGCACAUUGUUUGCUGCAGUUUCUGAAACCAUGAAAUAUGGGACAAAGCGGCAAGGAGCCCAGCUGUUACAGCGAAUCCUCGACAAGUACCACAAUACCCCAUCACCUGAAAUCGAUAAGCCGUUACUGCUUAGAUGUACUGCUCGCCUCUUGAUCUUGGCCCUCACAGAAGAAGACUACGACUUAGAAGAGCUCCUUUCAAGGCUAUGUGCAAUACUGAAGACAGUAGCGGCCCUCACCUACAACGAAUCAUCCCGAGAGUUAUCAUCAACUGCCUUGUCGCUCAGUGAUUGCAAAUGGUUCAAAGUGACAGUUUUCAGAACGGCUGUGCAAAAUAUCGACACGUGGCCUGACAAAUCUAUUGCAUUAUUCUUGCCAGGUACCAUUCGAACAGUUACCAUCUUGCUCAAUGCUAAUACGUACCAGAUACGAUAUCCGGAUGAAAUCUCCCUAGAGGAUAAAGUCGACAGAAAGAUCUACGAGAUUGAUGCUUCAUGUGUUCAAGCCAUGUUAUAUCUGAGGGCGGCAAGAGCAUGCUGCUCAUCGACAACUAUCUCUGAUAUGCCUAAGUCGUCCUAUUCCAGUGAGACACCACCAAUCACAGAGGAAUUACGAUCUACACUGUACCGGAAUCUGGUGGACAAGUAUUCGUGUUCUCAGAGUCUACUUGAUGGUUUGGUCGAAGGCAUGGUGGACAGAGAUCUCUUGAAGCAUACAAAGGCGAAGCUCGUCAAUCUUCUCCCAUUCGCCUUCGAGUCGACCUUGUUCCUAAUAACGCAAACCUCAAACUCAAAUCUCCCAGAGAGCCUUCUGUCGCUCAGUCAGCUGGUUGACCAUGCGGUGGAACUGAAAGCGCCUGAUGUAGCAUACCCACUGAUUGUGGAUAUGAUUCUAGCAUCUGUCACUGCCGAUGCUGAUUACGCUCUUAUCCUUGACCAACAUGACAUCAGCAAGCGAACCACCACAAAUAGUUCAAAGUUGGACUCCGAUCAAGCACAAGCGCUGCAGAUAGUGAAGACAAUCACCGAGCAGGCAUUAUCUCUAGCGAUUGGAUCGGAUCAUCCGUCCAGUCUCAGGUACCCAGCCGAAGAGGUCGAAUGGUUAGCUUCGACGUUGUUCAAUCUUUCCGUCGACAUUCUGUACUGGAGCCAGGCGAGGAUCAACAACAUUGAUCAAAGAAAGCAACAACCCCACGACAACGAACCGAGGCCUGAAGAGCUCGCAUCGUCCACAUGCAACGAAACCGACCCUGCACCCCAGAGGCUCCCUAGCGUCAUGUCCGGGCACACAGCCGAAUCCGGGGCAGCUCCCGGCGCUAAAGCACCUCGGGAUGCAGGUACCGCCGCCCUCUCUACCAAAAGCAAUCUCAAUCUCAGUUGCGAUCACGAUGCCUCCUGUCUUGACACAGAUACGAAAGUCCAAAGCAAAGACAACAAGGAACCUAAACGCUGCGACAUCACGUCGCCCCAGCAGUGGGCCAGCCUUGCCGUCCAGCUCGCCGAUCUGCUCGACGACACGAACCGAGGCUCGCCUGGAAGACACGACGAUCUACCAGACUUUCCCGGAUGGGUAGCUGGAAACACUUACCGUGCCUCGGCUGACGUUGAAUUAGCGGAUUCAAGGAGCCGACAAGGAGGUGCUGGUGGAGGUGCUGGAUCUGCAUACGGUGAUGGAGGUGCCCUGGCACGCGUGAUCAGAGAGCGCUGCCGGAUGCUUGGAUGGGAAAAUCCAGCGUCGUGA